GUUUUAUUUAUAAAAUUUUAUGCGUUAACGAUUCGGAAAUAUAGAUCUGUAUUUGGGACGUAUUUGUAAAGAUGGGUACCGCGCAUUUUCGUCAUUCUAUCUUUAUCAUCCAUUAGAUAUAAAACUGCAUAAAACAAAGAUAGAAUGACAAGAAAGCGUGCUAUCUUGAGUGCGUUCUGAAUGCGGGAUUAUAGUUAACAAGAGGACUUUUCAUUUAAAUUACUCAUAAUCGUAAAAUUAUUAUCACGUUUUGCAUCAAACACGAAUUCGACUUAAAAAGUUCGUGUGGCAGAAGAAAGAGUAAUAAUCGUGAAUAUUAGGUUAGUUGCACACAUCGCAUUUUUCCAUAACCUAUUUCCCGCGGGUUGAAGUAUAUAUGCAAGAAACGUAUAUACGUUAUUGUGCACGAAUAGCAGAUGAACAAAAAUUAUAAGACGAAGUGUGUACGAUGAAACACGUGUAAAGUAACUAAUAAAUAUCGGAUAUUCUAUCGAAGAACCUUUCAAGCAAGCACAUUCAUACACUAUGGUAACCUUUCAGUCGCACUGACGUCGGGUCAAUGUGGUCAAUGUAACGAAGAUAUUUUAACUACAAAUUUUGGAUUUGAUCCUGAUGCACAUUAUCGAGUAUUUGUGUCGCAUUACGACUUUAUUGUUAUUUCCGCACCGACGUAGAAGUUCUCGAGACGGCGGUAAUUAAUCAUAAAGAUGGGCGAUAUUAAAUAUUAUGGAAAAAGGAGAAGCAUUAUAAGAAGGAUUGGGUCUUUUUUACCAUUAAAGCCUCUGCCAAAAAUAUAUGUCAGUGUGACACCAUUACAUUUAAUGACAAAUUCGAUGAUAAAUGAGGAAACCAGUAGAAAUUAUGUCGAUACGAAUGGAUAUCCUAUAAGCAGGCCUGAUCUGUUGGAGCCAAUUAGUUUUGGAUCUGAAGUACGAUUACUCGCAUUAGAGCAAGAAUUACAAGAACUUAGGGAACAAAUUUCAACAAUUGUGAAAAAUAAUAAACUGUCCAAAUAUGCAUCUGUUACAUCUCUGCCCAAUGGAGCAGAUGACUUAAAGUCAGUGCCACCGCCACCUCCACCUCUACCGCCAUUUCCACUUCCCCUUCCACUUUUGCCACCUACAACACCGCAUAUCGCAAGAAGGGCUAGUUUACAAGAUCACAAAAUUGAGGAUCGUAAGAAGAUUUCAUUGAGUGGACAAAAAUUGACGGGUGAUACAUUGAAAGACAUCGAUAACGUAAAAUUGAGACCAGUGGCAAGAUCUCCAGGUGGACAUCCUAUAAGAGUGAGACGUGAGAAUAGUCCGUGCAAUGAUUUGCAGGAAAUUUUACGAAGACGCUAUAUUGCAAUGCAAUCUCCCAACAACAGGAAUUCAUCAUCUAACUUAGCUAUGGACGAAUCAUUUUGAACGAGUUCAAAACAAAUGGUUCGUAGCUAAGUAAAUGAAAACUUUCAAGUGUUUUUAUUGUAUUGUGUAUUUAUACGAAAUUUAGGAUUUUUACGAUAAGUAUUGAUCUUUCAUAUGUUUGAUUUAUCGUAGACAUGCUGUGUUUGUAUUUUUUGCACUUUAUAUUAGCUGAAGUUUAUAGCAAAAGAAUGAAAAUAAAGAUUGCCACUCAGGCGUCACAUUAAAACUUUACUAAUAACGAUGUAAUUAGAAUUUUUUUAACGGUUUUAAAAAGAAAUUAGUUUCAAGUCCAUUUAGUUUGCAUUUCUGUUUAAAGUCAUUAUUGUAGAUGAGGUUGUUGAUAUUGAAAUUUUGAAUCAAUCGAUUUUUCUUACAACACCUAAUUGUAUGAAGUUUAUUGUCCGAAAUAAAUAUUAUUUUUGUAAUAAUUUAACAAAAUAAAAUGUGCAAUUUCUGUUACUAUUUAUAUAUUACUGAUAUAAAUGAAAAAUUUUAAUUACUAAUUGCGUGUAAAUAAAAUAGAUUUUAAUUUAAUCAAUAAAUAUUAAUAUUGUAAUUAUAAUUUUAAACUCGAAAUAAAGAUAGGCAAUGAGAGUCCUUGCGGUUGUUGGUGCGUAUAUAUAGAUCUAAUUUAUUUUUACAUUAAUAUCUAAUACAGAAAAUAACGAAUGUUUCGACCCCAUUUUGGGUCAUCUUGGGUCUAGCCAAAAUACAAAAUUAACGGAGAAAGCUCAACCUUAUCACAUGGCAAAUGCAAUAACUCUAUCCUAUUCAGGUGUUAAUUCGAGUGAUUACGCCAUAUUAAAUUGUGACAACAAGUAUCAGUAAGAAGAUUGAUUCUGUGUAAGUUACAACGAGUUGUCGUGCGAAAGGAGGAGAUGCAAAGAAUACAGCAGUUGACGCUGGCAUAUGGUUGGAAUUCAAUAUAUAAAAAUCCAAAUUUACAGCGUUGCCCCAAGCGUUAAUAAUUCCGCUCACUGUCACGGUCCGAUCAAUACUGAUCAAGGUUUUUGGUGUAUAGAAAUCAAUUUCGCAACCUCUCUCCGAGCUUUGACCGCUCCGUCCAAUGACUCUGUCAGAUUGGUACUGUUCAAGGUUUUCUUGGUUGUGAGAAGUAACGGCAAAUCGAUCGAUACAGUUCAAGGUUUUUUUGGUUGUGAGAAGUAACGGUAACUUUUCAAGCGGAUGAAACGAAUAAGUAUAUGUCUAGGUAUGACGACUAGGUGUAUGAUUAAGAUUACAAUCUGUCUAGGAUACGAGCAUAGGUAUGGUGCAAAAAUUCUGUGUCUUCUUGUCUAUUGAGGCCAUUCUCUUGGCGUUUAAUAUGCAACAUUUCCAAAAUUAAGCGUUUUCCCAGGUAUUGUUCUUUGUCAAGAAUUGAGAUGUUGUCUCAGUCAAAUUCAUGGUCUUCGGUUAUCCUAUGUUCUGUAAUAACUGACUGUGUGUUGGUGCUCUUUUUGUCGUGAUUUUUGUGUUCGAAAUUUUUGUUUUUACUUGUCUGCUCGUUUGCCCUACAUACGAUGCCUUGCAAUCUUUACAUGAAAUUGUAAACGACGUUUCUAUUAUACAAUUUAGGAUGGUUGUUCUUUUGUGUUUUGAUAACUGUCCCUAGUUUAUUGAGACUGAAAUACGACAAUUUCGUAUCAAGAUCUUUUGUAAUGCUCUUAAACUUACCGAAUGUAUAUAUGGUACAGUAAACCAGCUAAUAUUCUUUUGAAUGACAUUUUUGUUAUUAAUUGGAGUUAAUUCUUUCUAUUUGUGUUUUUUGAAAAGGUACUCAAGUCUAGAAUUAAUGGCAUUAAAAAUGAAACUCCUGGAAUAAUCAUUGUCAAGGCCAUGAAUUUGACUGGAAUAUCUCAAUUCUUGACAAAGAACAAUACUUGGAAAAAAGCUUAAUUUCAGAAAUGUUGCAUAUUAAAUGACAAGAGAAUGGCCUCAAUAGACAAGAAGACACAGAAUUUUUGCAUCUAUGCUCGUAUUCUAGACAGAUUGUAAUCUUAAUCAUACACCUAGUUGUCAUAACUAGACAUAUACUUAUUCGUUUCAUCCGCUUGAAAAAUUACCGUCACUUCUCAUAACCGAAAAAACCUUGAAUAGCAUCGAUCAAUUUGUCGUUAUUUCUCACAAUCAAGAAAACCUUGAAUAGUACCGACCUGACAGGAUUAUUGAACGGAGCGGUCAAAGCUCAGAGGGAGGUUGUGAAAUUGAUUUCUAUAUACCAAAAACCUUGAUCAGUAUUGAUCAGACCGUGCCAGUAAGCGGAACUAUUGGCGCUUGCGUCAACGCUGUAGAUUUUGAUUUUUAUAUUAAAUUUCAACCAUAUGCCAGCGUCAACUGUUGUAUUCUUUGCAUCUCCUCCUUUUGCAUGGCGACUCGUUGUAACUUACACAGAAUCAAUCUUCUUACUGAUGCUUGUCACAAUUUAAUAUGGUGUAAUCACUCGAAUUAACACCUGAAUAGGCUAGAGUUAUUGCAUUCGCAAUGUGAUAAGGUUGAGCUUUCUCCAUUAAUUUCAUAUUUUUGCUGAAGAUGAUUCAAAAUCGGGUCGAAAUGUUUGUUAUUUUCUUUACCAGAUAUUAAUGUUAGAAUAAAUUAGUUUUAUAUAUACGCACCAAUAACUGUGUGGACUCUUAUUGCCUAUCUUUAUUUAGUUUAAUAUUUGUGAGUCCUGUCAACUUUAAAUUAUAAUUUUAUUUAAUUAGGAAUUUUAUACAUAUUACAAGUGUUACAUAAUAAAUAUUAUGAAUUUUAAUAUUAUGAAUGUAUUGUACAUAUAUUUGGCAUAUAAAUGAAAUUUUAUUUUAGAGAUUAUUUUAAUCCCAUGAUCUUUAAAUAUUAUUUUAAUGUGAAUAUUAGAACUUAUGAAGACAAAUUUAUAUUGUUUUUGCAAGAGAGUGUUUCAUUUAUUUUAAAGAGAUAUUCCAGUCUAAAGCGCGAGAAAGUUUGUCUGCUCUUUUAAAACUGUUGACUUCAAGCACGGUCAUAUUGAAGUCAGUAAGUGAGAAGUAACACGUAAAAAUUUCAAUUGUGGCAUUUAUAAAUAAAGAGAAUUUGGGUAAAACGGAAUAAUAAGAUUGCUUUAUAACACUUCUAAAAAUGGGCCUUGACAAUUCCUUUUCUCCCUUGACAAUUAGUAAAUAGUCGUAAGAGGCUCGUGAAACUUAUUCAGGCAGGAAAACACAUGAUUAAGCUGAAGUUUUAUCCAUGACAUUUGUAAAGAAAAAGAAUUUGAAUAAAACGGAAUAAUGAGAUCACUAAAAAUGGGCUUUGACUAUUCUUUUUCCGCUUAACAGUUAACAAAUAGUCGUAAAGAGUACAUAAAGUGGAACCUAUUUAGAUAGGAAAAUACACGCUAUUGAACACAAUGAAAAAUUUGUUUUUAUGUAUAAAAUUCAGAGAAACUUGUGGCCUAUUUUUACGAAUUUGAUAAAUACGAGACAAGUCACAUUUUCACAAUGAAACACAAUAAUGAAAUAACGUGCAAGUCAUAAGUUUAUCGGUAACAUGUCACGUUUCACGCCUAUUAGUUUUAAUUUUUUCUGCGAUGCAGUGGCAUCACCGUCAACGCGGAGUUCUCGACUGAGGAGUCAGAAGCCUUAAAGAAAACUGUGGCACAUAUUUUCCUAUACACAUUUAUUCGUUUUAGUAAAUAUUUACUAAUUUUUUGGAAGAAAACUGCUACACAUAUUCUAAGAUUUUACAUCUAUUUGUACAUAUUUAAUAAACAUCUACAAAUUUUGGUAAAAUGUUUAUUACUUUAUAUUACGUAAAUUUAAGAACAAACUUAUUUUUUAAUAAGAGUACAUUGAUUGUUAUGUGAUAAACACAAAUAAUUGACAAGUCUUAAUAGUCAUAAUUAGAUCUUUGUGCUGAAAUAAUGUUUCUUGUGUGAUUUUAUAUAUAAUUUCCAAUUUUUCCGAAUUGUGUGCCGUUACUUUUGGUUUCAAUCAUAACUUAAAUUAAAUCAGAAAAGUAAUAUCACGGAAUUAAAUUGACGAUCAAUUUAAUAUCAGCAAGCAUCUCUACAAUCCCCCCCACCCUAUCCAAAAAAUCUGAUUGCUAUGAUCGUUAAAGCUUAUCAAUUUAUGUGUUUAUCGCAUAGUGGUGUAUUCUUAUUAAAAUACAUUUACAAUAUGGACUCUUAGAAACACUAUAAGUUGUUGCGAUAGAUAUUAACAAGUAGAAUGUAAAAAAAUUUAAGUCUAAAUUCUGAUCGAGGUAAUAUUUUUCGCAAUAAAUUUUUUUACAGCUUUUUAUGUGCGUGCGUGCGUGCGUGCACAUGUCAGCAGAGAUAAAGAUCUCACAGUUUAUCAUUUUCGUAGUAUUUAAUGACUUCAAAUCUUUUGAUGUGUGCCUCUGUUUGUGUAUGUGAAUGUGUGUGCGUGUACGCGCGCGCGCGCGUGUGUAUGUGCAUGCAUAUUGUUAGCAGAGAUAAGAACAUUACAUUAAUAUAAUAUAAUGUGUUUUAUCAUCUGUACAUAAUAAAACAUAUUUUUUUACAAUA